AUUUUUGUAAAAUCAAAUAUGGAGCGCUCAAAAUCAACUAAGGAAAGACUCAAUAACGGAUUGACCUCACUGAAAAGGUUAUUGAAGGAAACCAAAUUUCAUCCUCUUAACUUCAUGGUGCCAACCAAAAUAGCUCCAUUGGAGAGAAAUUUGAAAAAUGAUGAUAGCUCAUUUUACAAAUUUUACUCGGAAUCUCAGUCGCGAUGGCUCUUGCUAAGAAUCUCCUUCUGCCAAGCUGAAGGUCUUGAAGAUGCUAAAGUAGAAGCUGAGCUUCGAAAGUGUAAUUGGCUCCUUUCUCCAGAAAACUCAUUCUCUUAUGAGGCAAAUGGGGUGAUACAGUAUUAUUCCAUUUACAGUAUUCAAGAGGAAUUUACUUUCCUCUCAAAGUUGCUAGAACAAAGAGAUUCUGACAAAUAAACUUGGAAUAAAAUUCACUGCAACUCCUGAAGAAAAUGUUGAAUGAGAUGACGAACUCAUCCCAUUCAAGAAGGGUGCAGUAAAUUGCUACCCCUUCUUUGAUGAACAAGAGUUAAUUAACCUAUGGGAAGGAAUCACUAGCUGAUUAGUAGCCCUUCAGCAUAAGGGCUUCUGCCAUCGAGAAGUUUGUCCACAGAAUAUAAUGAUAACUAAAUUUGAAACUUCACACAAAAAGGGGUCACCAGACGUUCUAAACAACUCUUUACUCAAAAAGAUCAAAAUUUUUAGUCACCAAAACAUGGAAGAAGAGUCUACUAACCAGCGGCUAGUAGACCUUCCAAGUUGCCGUAACCAGACAUUUAAAUUCACUGGACUAUCAAAGUUGACUGAGACCAGACUGACCAUGACCAAGAGGCCUAAGCUAGAGGAGCUGAUCUCUCUUAAGCUUAAAUAAGAACAUCAGUGUUGCCAAAUGAGGAGUCAGUCAGAGGAAGAGCCAAGGGCCUGACUUUGAAAGUUUGAAGCAUACGCCAAAGGCGAUGCCUUUGUCGCCUUCAAAAAUGCAUAUGAGGUCCAAGAAGCUCUUUGAGAUGGAUCCUCAGCUUGAUUUCAUGGAUAAAAAGCUUAUUAAGGAAUGAAGAAUGCUGAUUUCAGAUAAUUUAUUAAUAUUAAAAGGCCAGAAGGAACUUAUCAAACUAAAGCCGGAAAACUAUACUAUAAGAGAUGAUUUAUUUGCAUCUCCAGUGAUUAUGAAGUAUUUAGGAGAGUUUCAUGCCUGGAAUAAGCUCAUUGGUAAGAAUUUUACUUAUAGAACACCUAAGGAAGAAGAUGUCUUCUCCCUAGGGAUGGUAUUUAUGAAUACCUUAUUGUUGAACCACUAUGAUCUGGCAACUUUUAAAAGGAAAAUCCUUGCUUGAAAGAAUUCUAAAUAUCGAUUAUCUUUUGUCGCUAAAACUACAAAAGAUCUCCCAUACGAAAGUAUCGAUGAUAUAAACAAGUUGAUAACAUGAUGAUUGGCUCCAAUAUCAAAGGAAAGGCCAACUUUUGAAGCAAUUCUUGGCUUGAUCAAGUGAAUGCUUCCAGACAAAAAUCAUAGGAAAGACUCCUCUCGUUUGUCAUCUUUAGAAAGCUCAUUUGAUGAUCUAUGAGACCUCUCGACCGAUGAGAAGGCUCCUAAUAAGCUCAAUUUGCUUUAACAAAAGAUAUUGAUUUCGCACAGAUGUGUAAGUUUCAAUUA